AUGCAACAAUUUGUAAGCACAUUAUCAGCUGAACAUUCGUAUACACAAUCAUACAGCUAUACAAAUGGUAACGAUACCGAACAAUUAGAAAAAGCAAACCGUAAAUUUUCACUUUCAGUGGUACAUCCAGUUAUUCGAACUCAUCCAGUUACAAAACGAAAAUGUCUGUUCGUUAAUAUGGGCUAUACAACACGAAUUGUUGACCUAAACGAUAAUGAAAGUGAAAUGUUGUUAAAUUACCUAUUUGGUUUGGUAAAUAAACCUGAACAUACUGUUCUUUGGCAUUGGAGAGUAAACGAUAUUGCAUUUUGGGAUAAUCGAUCAACUCAACAUUAUGCUGUUGCUGACUAUUGGCCUAAUUGUCGAUUUAUGGAACGUGCAACUAUUAUUGGUGGCAAAUCAUUCUAA